CCCAGCGGCAGCGCGCAGGGCAGGGCGCGAGCCGGUCUCGGAGCCCCGGCGACCGCCCCCGACCCGCCCGGCACGCCCGGCGCCGCCUUCCGGUCCCAACCCCGUCCCAGUCCCCGCGCGCGGCCUUCGCCUCGUCUCAUUUGCAGCGCGGGCUGGUCCCGGAGGCUCUCGGCGAGCGCGGCGCGGUAACAAGUGGGCGAGGAUGCCGUACGAGAUCAAGAAGGUGUUCGCCAGCCUCCCCCAGGUGGAGAGGGGCGUCUCCAAGAUCAUCGGCGGGGAUCCGAAGGGCAACAAUUUUCUUUACACCAAUGGAAAGUGCGUCAUCCUGAGGAACAUCGAUAACCCGGCCCUGGCUGACAUCUACACAGAGCACGCCCAUCAGGUGGUGGUGGCCAAGUACGCGCCCAGUGGAUUCUACAUCGCCUCUGGAGAUGUGUCAGGGAAGCUGCGGAUCUGGGACACCACGCAGAAGGAACAUCUCCUCAAGUACGAAUACCAGCCUUUUGCUGGGAAGAUCAAGGACAUUGCGUGGACCGAAGACAGUAAAAGGAUCGCCGUGGUCGGGGAAGGAAGGGAGAAGUUUGGCGCUGUCUUCCUCUGGGACAGUGGCUCUUCCGUGGGGGAGAUCACAGGACACAACAAGGUCAUCAACAGCGUGGACGUCAAGCAGACCCGGCCGUACCGGCUGGCCACAGGGAGCGAUGACAACUGCACUGCGUUCUUUGAGGGGCCGCCAUUCAAGUUCAAGUUUACCCUUGGCGACCACAGCCGCUUUGUCAACUGUGUGAGAUUCUCCCCCGACGGGAACAGGUUUGCCACGGCCAGUGCCGACGGCCAGAUAUACAUCUAUGAUGGAAAGACGGGGGAGAAAGUGUGUGCGCUGGGAGGAAGCAAGGCUCACGAUGGAGGGAUUUACGCUAUUAGUUGGAGUCCUGAUAGCACCCAUUUGCUUUCUGCUUCCGGAGACAAAACUUCUAAAAUUUGGGACGUUAGUGUGAAUUCUGUUGUCAACACGUUCACCAUGGGCUCCAGCGUUCUGGACCAGCAGCUCGGCUGCCUGUGGCAGAAGGACCACCUGCUCAGCAUCUCCCUCUCUGGCUACAUCAACUACCUGGACAAAAACAACCCCAGCAAGCCCCUGCGGGUCAUCAAGGGUCACAGUAAAUCAAUCCAGUGUCUGGCGGUGCACAAAAACGGCGGCAAGUCCUACAUCUACUCGGGGAGCCACGACGGACACAUUAAUUACUGGGACUCCGAGACGGGGGAGAACGACUCCUUCGCUGGGAAAGGUCACACGAACCUGGUGUCCAGGAUGACCGUGGACGAGUCUGGGCAGCUGGUGAGCUGCAGCAUGGACGACACUGUGCGCUACACCAACCUCAUGCUGCGGGACUACAGCGGGCAGGGAAUCGUGAAACUGGAUGUUCAACCGAAGUGCGUGGCUGUAGGGCCCGGAGGAUACACUGUAGUCGUGUGUAUCGGGCAGAUCAUCCUGCUGAAGGACCAGAAGAAGUGCUUCAGCAUCAGCGACCCUGGCUACGAGCCCGAAGUCGUGGCAGUGCACCCUGGGGGCGAGACAGUGGCCGUCGGGGGUGAGGAUGGGAGUGUCCGCCUGUAUUCCAUCCUGGGCAGCACUCUGAAGGACGAGGGCAAGCUUCUGGAGGCCAAGGGCCCCGUCACUGACCUGGCCUACUCCCACGACGGCGCUUUCCUUGCGGUUUGUGACGCCAGCAAAGUGGUCACUGUGUUCAAUGUGGCUGAUGGCUACUCGGAGAAGGACAUCUUCUACGGACACCAUGCAAAAAUCGUCUGCGUGGCCUGGUCCCCGGACAACGAGCACUUUGCCUCAGGUGGCAUGGACAUGAUGGUGUAUGUGUGGACCCUCAGUGACCCAGAGACCAGGGUCAAGAUCCAAGAUGCACACAGACUGCACCACGUCAGCAGCCUGGCCUGGCUGGACGCGCACACGCUGGUCACAACCUCCCAUGAUGCCUCUGUCAAAGAGUGGACAAUCACCUACUGAAGGCCACCCCCGGACGGACCGAAUCAGGGACUAGUGUUUAACUGCAGUGGCACGUGUCCUUACUCUAAAUCUCUCUGUAGCGCCCCCUUGCCCGCCCCGCUCAGGAGGGAGGAGGGCCUCAGCUGGCGAGUCGUCUCUGCAGGGUGUUCAUAUCUGUACGUGUCCUUUGGAAAGCUUUAGACAGGAACAGUUUGCACAUAAAAAUAAAACGAGCGCUUAAACAUGAGGAGCGUAACUAAAUCCAACCACCCAGCCAAGCCUUGGGUGCAUGGAACAUUCCAGAGGCAGCUGCCUGGCAAGCCCCACAGAGACACCAGCCCCAGUGGCUCUUGCUCUCCACCAGGUGACAGAGCCACACCCCCUCUUCUACCUGCAGAAGGUAGAAGGCCAGAAGGGCGAGUGCUGGUUGCAGUGGGCCCAGCCAGGGUUCUGAGCAGGGCAGGCGACUCGGUGGCGUGCCUGAGUCCCUCCGCACACUCACCUCCGACUGGGACACAGUGUCUGCAUUACGUCCUCAGUUUCUGUGCUUGAUUUUAAGGGUGGAAUUGUGGAUUUGUUUGUUCAAAUGACUCAACUGUUGCCUGUCGGUGUUUACGAGCCGAGCGUGUGGAGGGCGCUGUCCCAGGUCCUUGGAGCCCUGGUUAGCCGACCCCGGUGUCCCGGCCGCCAGGUCACGCCCAUGAUGGGAUGUCUUCCUGUCUCUCUCCUCCUCUUCUGCCCCCAAGAGCAAAGAUUAAUUCAAGGGCAAAGAUGAAGUCACUGUAAACUAACCUGUCGUGGUUUUCACCUUUUCUUUUUUUCAGUGCAGAAAUUAAAAAUAAGUAUAAAGCACCGUGAUUUCGCGUUUUUUACUUAUGUUGGAAUCACUGGUAGAUGUUGGCUGAGAACAAUCCCUCCCCUUGCACUUGUGAAAACACUUGGAGCGCUUUAAGAGAUUAGACUGAGAAAUAAUUAAAUAUCUUUUCUCUUCGUUGUGGA